AUGGCGAGCAUCGACGCCCUUCCGGCCAUAGAAUCGAAGUCGAUCACCACCGACGCCCAGAGCAAGUCGAACCGCGAAGCCUGGGCGCCAGUGCUGGACAAAUAUGAAGGGUUUCUGAAAGAUACGACGUCCGAAGGGACCGACAUCUCUCUCCGGCGGCAUCAAGCGCGAGGUCAACUGCUAGCGCGCGACAGGGUCAGCCUGCUGCUAGACCCGGACUCGCCCUUUUUGGAGCUGUGUUCCUUCGCCGGGUUCGGACUGAAAGAUUCGAGCCCAUGUGCCAGUCUUGUAGCUGGAAUCGGGAGUGUCUGCGGCAGAUUAUGUCUUAUCCGAUCCCAUAUUCCGUCUCAGAGCGGAGGAGCAUGGAACGAGCACACAGUGUUGAAGCAGAACCGCGUCACGGAAAUUGCCAACGAGAACAACCUGCCCAUCAUUGCUCUAAUACAAUCGGCCGGCGUCUUCCUCCCGCAGCAGUUCCGAGUCUUCCACAAGGGCGGCCAGCUCUUCCGCGACCUGGCCCUCCGCAGCGCGCAUGGCAAACCGACGUGCUCGAUCGUGUUCGGCUCGUCGACCGCAGGAGGCGCAUAUGACCCUGCGCUGUCGGACUACACCAUCUUCGUCAAGGACCAGGCCCAGGUCUUCCUGGGCGGCCCGCCGCUGGUGAAGAUGGCCACGGGAGAAGUCAUCGACGCCGAGGCCCUGGGCGGCGCUUCCAUCCACGGGUCUGUCACUGGACUGGCGGACCAAAUUGCCACCGACGAGUUCGACGCGAUCCGCAAGGCCAGGGACUGGGUGCUCACUCUCGCCGCCGAUGACGCCGCCGCCGCCCUCGCACUGCCGACCCGACGGUUAUCUCCUCCCCUCGAGCCACGAUACUCGCCCGAGGAAAUACUGUCACUGGUGAACCCGGACAUCCGCAAGCCAUUCGACAUGAAGGAGGCUCUGCUGCGGAUUGUGGACGACUCGCGCAUCCUGUUCUUCAAGCCCGAGUACGGCCGCAACCUGGUCACAGGCUUCACGCGGAUCCAGGGCAUCCCGACGGCGAUCAUAGCGAACCAGACGCCGGUGAUCCACGCCGACGAGGCCGCCAAAGGCGCGCAGUUCAUCCGGCUGUGCAACCAGCAGAAGACGCCGAUCGUCUUCCUGCACAACGUGACCGGCUUCAUGGUCGGGUCCAAGGCCGAGCAUUCGGGCAUCAUCAAGAGGGGCGCGCAGUUCGUGUCGGCCGUCAGUUGUUCCACCGUCCCGCACAUCUCGAUCAUUCUGGGCGCCUCCUACGGCGCCGGCAACUACGCCAUGUGCGGCCGCGCCUAUAGGCCUCGCUUCCUCUUCACCUGGCCCAUCGGCCGCUGCAGCGUUAUGGGGCCCGACCAGCUGGCCGGCGUCAUGCGCACCGUCGAGUCCAACAGCGCAAAGGCCAAGGGCGUCCAGCUGCGCGCCGAGGAUCUUGACGCCCGCGUCGCCCGCUUCCGCGACGGCGUGCAGACAGACAGCGAGUGUUACCGCACCUCCUCCGUCCUGCUGGACGACGGCGUCAUCGACCCGCGCGACACCCGCGACGUGCUGGCCAUGUGCUUGGAAAUCGUCCAGAACGCCCCCAUUGAAGGCGCCCCCGCUCACCGCGCCCUGGCACGGAUGUGA